CACCGUCAGGCUCACCGUCUUCGUUGCCCCCGCGUGCACGAAGGAGGCGCCGAUGGCCACGCUCGGCGCGGCGGCGGGCGCGUCCGCCGGCGGGGACGCCUCGUACUGCAGCUCGACGGCCCCAGUGGCCCAGGGCAGGUACGGCUGGCUCGCCAUCGCCAUGGCUGCGCCGGUCCGCGCGGCCGAGAAGGGCGGGGGGAGGAGGAGGAGGACAACGAAAACGAGGAGGAG